AUGGGUCUGAAGAUGGCAGAACUGCAAUCCCUACCUUUUGCGCCCGGCUUCGAUUACUUCUCUCCGAAGCCCGCACUGGAGCCCCACUCGGACGCCCCGUGCCUCCCGUUCUGGGCCCGCUCGCCCGCUUGUGCCCAGAACUUGCUCGACUGCUCCAACGAGCCCAUCGAGUACGAUCACGACGACGAAGAUUACAGCGACAACUGCUUCUUCUUCCCCGAGGACUGCUCGUGGACUCCUCCCAAAGACUGGGUCGUGGAGGCCCACUGUCAACCUGCCGAUUCUACCCCAGACUCCCAUCCCGCCACCACUCACCUUUCCUCACAUUCGCGGGCUGGCCAGGACGCCGCCGACACCAUGAUUCCCGGCCUACCUGAUAUCAAGAUGCUGGACUCGGAGGCCCUCGGUGACCUGCUGGAGGAUAAUCUGUCGCCCCCCGAAAUCACCACUAUGAUUGUAUUUGCGACCAACGGCGCCGUGUUUGCCUAUGCAUCCUCCCUCCCCUCGCGUCAACUUCGUAACCUCAGCUCGACCUACGGGGCCGCCUACACCUGCUACGCAAAGACCGCAUCCAGCGGGAACCUGACGGGAGUGAACCCCGCAAGCCAUCCAUCGUCAUACGUGACCGCUCCAUCAAUGUCGCUGGGCGACGUCGGAUCAAUCGUCUUUGAGUUGGAUGACUCGGUGGCCGUUGUGACGCGGGUCGCGGACAAGGUUCUCCUGGCGGCGGUGGGCCCCAAGCACCUCGACGAGACCGAGGCGGGUGCAGCUGGUGAUCUGCCGGCGCCUGAUGGCCCCGUAGACACGACAACUGGCAAUGGGACAGCGCCGGACGAGGGCCCGGGCAGCCAUGUCUCCAAAGCCCAUGCCACAAAUGGUGCGCCCGCGUCCCAGCACGAGGUCGACCGUAGCGCCGAUCUGUCGCGUCUCGCCAGCCUCAACCUCUCAGCUUCUCCCUCUGUAUUGCUCGCCUUGGAGUCGAAAUGCGCCGCGCUGGGUCGAUUCCUGGCCGACAAAUUGAAUGAUCUGGAGAGCCCGGAAGACUUUUGA